CACAGAAUUCAUCAGGCAACUGAGCUAUGUACUUGGACAACAAAGAUGACAGCGCCAUGUCUAGAAAAGUAGAUAUGGAGCUGACCCAGGCCCCUAUCCCACACCACGUGGACUUGCUCGGAGGUGUAGCAGCAGAACCGAUUCCGAACAAUUUCAGUGAGCUGGAGCUGUUAAAGGAGAUGAUGGUUGUUCAGGGAGAACCACACAAGCCCUACCCAAGCAGUGCUCCGGAACAGGAAUGUUGCAUUACCCUGGGGAAAGAUUUCAGCCCACUCUCCAUGCAGGGAAGGUAUCACAUCUCUUUGCCCAAAUUCUUCAGCACAAGAUCCAAAGAUAAUUGCUUUACGGAGAGGACGCCUCUGCUGAAAGUUUCCCCAGAAGAAAAUGGGUUAAGAUGCAUGGCUGUUCAUAACACAGAUUUCACCACAGAUGAUGACUCUUGGGAAAACAGCUCUGCUGAGUUUGAGCAAAGGUCCCAUCUGGGAAGUGAAAUGCCCAGCUUGUCCAGAUCUGCUUCCUCCUCAGAGAAAUGUGAAAUGUUGGACAACUUCCAUGUCAAAUUCAAUUUAACCAAGAUGAGAUGCUGUUUAAGAUUCCUAAAAGUUUCUGGGCUUUUCAUCUUUGUAGUUGUAUGCUCUAUUUUAUUUAGCAUUCACCCUGAAAAUGGAGCACCUUGGCAGAUGCUGGCUGUGUCACCUAUGGACGUCUACACUAUGAACUUCAGCAAUAUUCGUGAUUCUGCCCUUCUAAAGGUAGAACUGGCAGGGCCCUUUGUGGCAGAUGUGGCUGGUCGGCAACCAGAGGAUUACGUUGUAGUUCAGAUAGGACAAGUAGAAGACUCUGGUCCAAGAAGGAGACGUCAGCAGCAGAUCUUAUACAAUUGGACCCUGCCUUUAAAUCUGAGAAAAAAUGAACAAGUUAUUGUGUCACGAACUUUUGAGAUGUUAAGCAGCAGUAAAGAAACAUCCAUAAGUAUUCAAGCUUUUUUCCAGGAAUUGGAAACCGUUCCUCUUUCCAUGACUCAUCAAUAUCUUCAUGCAAAUGUAGAGGCUCAAGUCACAAUUGCUUCAGUCAUUUUAGCAGGUGUUUAUGUGCUCAUCAUAUUUGAGAUUGUUCACAGGACAUUAGCGGCGAUGCUGGGCUCCCUGGCUGCCUUAGCUGCCCUUGCUGUGAUUGGUGAUAAGCCGAGCCUGGUCAAAGUAGUGGCAUGGAUUGAUUAUGAAACUCUGGCGCUUUUGUUCGGAAUGAUGCUUUUAGUUGCCAUCUUUUCUGAAACUGGAUUUUUUGAUUAUUGUGCAGUAAAGGCUUACAGACUCUCUCGAGGCAAAGUGUGGGCCAUGAUUAUCAUUCUCUGUCUUAUUGCUGCGAUACUCUCAGCCUUCUUGGACAACGUUACUACAAUGCUCCUCUUUACCCCAGUCACCAUAAGGUUAUGUGAGGUGCUUAACCUAGAUCCCAGGCAUGUCCUGAUUGCCGAAGUAAUCUUCACAAACAUUGGAGGGGCCUCUACAGCUAUUGGGGACCCACCCAAUGUGAUUAUUGUUUCAAAGCAGGAGCUCAGGAACGAGGGAGUGGACUUUGCAGGAUUUACAGGGCACAUGUUUGUUGGGAUUUGCCUCGUGCUUCUUGUCUCCAUUCCUUUCCUAAGACUUCUCUACUGGAACAAAAAGCUAUACAACAAAGAGCCAAGUGAAAUUGUUGAGCUGAAACAUGAAAUCCACGUUUGGAGACUGACAGCACAGAGGAUUAACCCUGCCAGCAGAGAAGAAACAGCUGUAAAGUGCCUCCUAAUGCAAAAAGUUCUUACUCUGGAGAUUUUGCUGAGGAAAAAGCUGAAAACAUUCCACAGACAAAUCUCACAAGAAGAUAAAAACUGGGAAACAAAUAUCCAGGAGCUCCAAAAAAAGCACAGAAUAACAGACAAGGUGCUUCUCAUCAAAUGCCUGACUGUUUUGGGAGUUGUUAUCCUCAUGUUCUUCCUCAAUUCGUUUGUUCCAGGGAUUCACCUGGACCUUGGGUGGAUUGCUAUGCUGGGAGCAAUAUGGCUUCUCGUGUUAGCCAACAUUCAGGAUUUUGAGAUGAUUCUGAGUAGAGUGGAAUGGGCAACACUCCUUUUCUUUGCAGCACUGUUUGUUUUAAUGGAGGCUUUGGCUCACCUUCAUUUAAUAGAAUACAUUGGAGAACAGACAGCUUUAUUAAUAAAGGUGGUCCCUGAAGACCAACGCUUGACAGUUGCAAUCAUUUUAGUGCUCUGGGUCUCUGCCCUGGCAUCAUCCCUCAUUGAUAAUAUUCCAUUCACUGCUACAAUGAUUCCUGUACUUCUCAACCUCAGUCAGGAUCCUGAUGUGAACCUACCUGUGAAGCCCCUAAUCUUUUCACUGGCUAUGGGUGCCUGUCUUGGAGGUAAUGGGACAUUGAUCGGAGCAUCUGCAAAUGUUGUUUGUGCAGGAAUUGCAGAGCAACAUGGCUAUGGCUUCUCUUUCAUGGAAUUUUUCAGGUUGGGUUUUCCCAUGAUGAUUAUGAGCUGCAUCAUUGGAAUGUGCUAUCUCCUUGUUGCUCACGUUGUAUUGGGUUGGACCUAAGAAUGUAUAUAUUGAUUAUAUAUACUGAAGACCAAAAGACAUUUUUCAUUCUUUUCCAGCCUCUGUUGCAUUAUUACAAGGCUGUAUGAAAACAAAAAGCUUUUAUUUGGGGGGCGGGGGGAGUGGAAUCAUUCAUGCUGCUACUCCUGUCCAGCUUUCUGUUAUGAACAUGGGAAUUCAUCUGAUGCCUAUAUGGAAUUUCUCCACUUGGAAAUGAUGCCCACAUUCAUUUCAGUUGAGAGAACCAAUUUCUGUGCACAUUAUUUUUUUUUUGUGUGUGUGUGUGUGUGUGUGUGUGAAUUGCCUACCUCUGCUGAAAUAUUGACAGGGACCAUUGUGAAUGCAAGAGAGAUAUGUGCUCAUAUCUAAUGCACAGGAAGCUCUGGGCCACAGCUGUAUUUAAUAACUGGCAGCUAAACAGCUGAGACACAAAAUCAAAAACAUCUCAUAAUACACAUUUUGAUGGGCUGUACCAUUUUAGAUUAAAGGUGGAAGAAUUGUGUGAAUGCCUAAAAGAAUAGAAGCUAGUGUGUCAAGAGAAAAAGCGAAGAGUUAGAUCCUUACUUAUUAGUUUUAUAUAUGAAGAAGCAUUCAAAUGUGAAUCCCCCCCUGCAGUCUAAAAUUGUAUAGCAGAGGAAAAAAAUGCACCAUAUGACCCAUUAGAUAAUGUGCGUCAUUGUGGGCUUAUGUUCUUUGACCAGCUUAUAGAGCAGAAUAUUGUGAUUUAAGAUGCACAAAUGGUCUUAUGGUGGAACCAAAUUUCUUUAGGUUCACUUUUCAGCUCGAAAGUAGUGAUUUUGCUGAGGAUGAGUCCUCCCAGAUCUUUAAUCCUAUUAUUAUUAUUAUUAUUAUUAUUAUUAUUAUUAUUAUGAGAAGCUUGCCUGAUACUCCUCAGAGGUCCUUUGCUUUGCUCCCACUUCAGUGGACUUUUUAAGGAAACAACUCCUGGUAGGAUUCAACAGAGUUGUUUCAUGUGCAGAACAAUGUCAGCUCAUGCAAUGAGAUUCCAGCCCCUCCUUCCUCCCAUGCCUUCUAAAUCUGUUCUGGAGAGUUAGGGGAACCCCCCAGAACAGUUUUAAGGGGUGAACAGGAGGAGUAGAAGGGGGAAAGUGCCAUUGCAUGAGUGGAUCUUGUUCUCCAUGCACAUAAACCACUUGAGUUCCCCCCAGUUUCAUUCUUACUUGAGACCACACAAUGGGCACAAUGACAUCAGAAUACCAGGUAGUUAAUCAGAUUUGACUAUUUGCUGUAACCAAUAAUAGUAUUAAAUAAAGACAAUUAAAUAAAGACAAUUAUCGCCCAAGAAGGUAGAACCCCAAACCAGUAGGUUCAAAUGAAGAGGAUAUUGUUACUAAACUUUUUUUAAAAAAAACCAGAGUCUCUGUUAGUAUGAGUUCUUUGGAUACUGGAACAGACUUCCUCAGAAAAUGGUACACUUGGCUCCAUUGUAAGUUUUUAAGCAGUGGUUUUAACAAUGAGAUUUGAACAUAUGUCCUGCAUCAGCAGAUGGUUGGACCUUUGCUGUCCUGUCCAACUCUGUGAGUCUUUGAAAAUGAACACUUUUACAGCCCCUUAGCAAUGAUUCACCAGAAACUGCAGAAAGAGGGAGACUUCUUUCAAUUCCGAUAAUGAUCCUUGUGAAAGUGGUGUCCCUUUUUAGCUCAGCCCUAAUUAAUAUCCAAAUAAAUGCUUUUUGAGAUAUGAGUAUUCACAAGGGACUAUAUUUUUAUCCUAAAAUUAUGUUUGCUAUGGUCUGCAUGUACUCACAGAUGAAAAUCUCACUUGCUAUGUUCAGUAGUUUUUCUUUUGGUUGUCAAUUUGCCUGUCGAUAUAUUCUCUAAUUGUAUGAAAGCACCUGAUAUUCAGCCAGUGUUUGCUUUAGUAGAUAAGUAAAUAGGCAAACUGCAUAAUGAAUGAUACAUCAUUGUCUGUGUUUUAAAAUAAACACAUCCAAAGGAAGAUUUGGAGUGGAAACAAUAAUCCCUUUUAAUCUGCCUCAUGGUUAUCUGCAACUAAGUAUUUUCAUGGGAAAUAUUAUCAUUCGACACUUAGACGGGUUUAUAUAAAUUAAAUGAGGAUAAAUUAGUCUGUUAGGUAAAUUUCAGAACUGUUUACCUGUGUGGGGGAUACAGUGAUUUCAGUAUUUUUGGUAGUAGUCAAGGAUAUGUACAUACUUGCUUUUGGUGUUGCUAAUCAGUGCUGUUGAAGAACAGCAGUAGGGCAGAAUCAUUUCCCACUAUCUGAGUGCAAUCUUAUGGGUAAUGUGAUUGCAAAUAUAGAACCAGGGCAGCUAUAGAGAGAAUGAGUGCAUCUGGAAUAAAAGAACAUCUUCUUGUAAGUACUUCCCAAUAUUUGGAAAAGCUUGUCAUCUCCUUUUCUAACUGCCACAAUUCAAAGAAGGAGUAAGCUGCCAAUCCUGAGAUAAGCUGCUGUUCUUUUUUGUAAUACCACAAUAAAACAGUAUUCAGCAUGUGUAGUUUUGUCCUACAUACACCUAGUCCUCCUUUGGACUGUGCCCAGAGGCUUUUAAACAGCUGUAUGAUAGGGAGAAAUCGAGGGGACGCAGGUGGCGCUGUGGUCCAAACCGCUGAGCCUCUUGGACUUGCCAAGUGGAAGGUCAGCACUUCAA